AAAUAUAUAUAGAACAAGCCUCUUACCUAAGUAUAGUGUUUUUGACAACUGUCCCAGGACGAAUUCCCGGCGAAAAAUUGUUACACAAAAUGAGACGAACUUAGCGUAUAAAAGUGAAUUAUCCAUGACGCCCAAUCCUCGUGGUGACAAUAUAAGUUAUUUACUAUGAAUGCCAUAUCUUAUGUAUUGGCUGGGAGAAUGAAUCUUAGAUUACUAUUGCCCAGGGCAAAAAAUGCAAGUGAAUGUCUUCAAAUAUUUUCAAGUAUAAAUAAAGUAGUUUAUCCUGUAAGAAGUAUAGCAUCCUCAUCAGCACUGCAGGCAUCAAGGGAGAAGAGGGAUCCUGAUACACGUUUGUCAAUACAGGGAUAUUUUAACUCCAAUAACCGAAACAAAGAAUCUUUCAAAGCAGCAUGUGAAGUCUUUAAAGUAAAGGAAAGACAUCUCAGGGGUCAUGUGGAAUUUAUUUAUGCAGCACUCAAACAUAUGGAAGAAUUUGGUGUACAUAAGGACUUAGAGUUAUACAAAGAGUUACUUGACCUGUUGCCAAAAGGAAAGAUGAUCCCCCAGAAUUUUUUCCAGGCAGAGUUCAUGCAUUACCCAAGACAGCAGCAGUGUGCCAUUGAUCUUCUUGAGCAAAUGGAAUCAAAUGGUGUGAUGCCGGAUAGCGAAGUAGAAAUGAUGCUGAAGAACGCUUUUGGGAAAAACAGUCAUCCUGUGAAAAAAUUUGGCAGAAUGAUGUAUUGGAUGCCUAAGUUUAAGAAUGCUUCACCCUGGUCUUUACCUGAUAUUGUUCCAGAUGAGGCAUUUGAACUUGCGAAACUUGCCGUAGCUCGGAUGUGUUCUGUAGAUCCCACAUCAAAGUUAACCAUAUACCAGACCAAAGACGUGGAAGACGCUGUUGAUGAUACAUGGAUAGUGAGCGGAAUGAGUCAUAUACAAGAACAGUUGGUUGAAGAACACCCUGUUGAUGAGCCAAUAAAGGUUGAGGGCCCUUUCCGAAUAUUUUUACGCGAUAAGUGUGUAGGUUACUUCAUACUUCGAGCAGAAAGUAAACCACCACCGCCUCCAGUAAAACCUUCGGAAAUUGAUGAUGUAUCAAAUAUUAAACAUUGGUUCACGGGUGUGAUGGAAGAGGAGUCAUCUCUUGUCAAGAAAUGUAGUGUGCAUGAACAAGAGGAUGGUAUUAUUAUGGCCAUUUGUGCAACUGGUACAUCAAGUAGAGAUUCUCUUCUUUCUUGGAUACGACGGCUUCAGGUAACAAAUCCGAAGUUAUCCAGUAUUCCUAUACUUUUCACUCAAGCAAGUCCAAUAGGCGACAUUAUGACUGUGCAAGAACCAGUAGGAGAAGUUGAGGUUAAAUGAAUUUUUAAAUUUCCUACCUUUGUGAUUUGCUUAAAAACCGUUAUGUGAAGGUGAAAAAUGUAGAUUACAAAAUAAUUUUUUUUAAUAAAAAUGUAAAUAUUUUGUUAGAGAAGAGGUUUUUAAUGAUGUAAAACUCCUUAUGGUAAAAAUUAAACUCAGUGCUCUGAAUAUAAUAAUAUAAUUAUGGCUAUA